GCAAUAGUAUUUGUCGGAACUACCAGGACCUCCUACUCUAACCGUUUGCAAGCAUCUGAAAUCUCAACAUGCGGUUCAUUAUUGCUCUCCUCCUUCUCGUUAUCCCGUGCAUGGCCCAACUCGAAAGUCCUUCAGGGCAACACACAUCUCAUCAUUUGACCCAUCAUCUGUCGACAACUGUUAGCCCUACCCCAGCCCCAGGACGAGAACCUCGCAUCCAACACCCUCCUUUCGAGGACGACCUUAAUGCUCUCAAGGCAGCGUGGAACUCGUCCCGCUUUGCCGGGAAGAGAAAGGCACAUGGCCCCUAUACCACCUUGGUUGGAUUGCUCGAAGGCCAAUUGUACAUCAAUCCUCUCAAAUUAGACGAAGCUAUUCACAAUUUGGUCAACGUGCUGCCUGUAAGCAGCUCCAAUGUCACCGCUAUAUUGAAUGCUGUAGAAAUGCUUCGCCAAGACUUUGCUGUGUCUCUCAGCACACAGUCUCUCCCGUACAAGCCAAUUCCUUUGACGGUGCUUCCGACAGCAGUUCUUGAGCCGUCAGCCACGGUUACCGAACAGCCAACUCUCACUCCUGAACCUACCAGCAAUGUAGCUGGUGCAAACUCCAAUGAUGCUGGCUCCAAGGCUCCUCCGCACCUUGAGGUGACCCUUGUGCUUGUUUUGCUUACUGUAAUUUUCGUUGCCGGAUGGUGAUUUUCUCUUAGAGGGAUUUGUACUUUGGUAUGAAACUAGCGUGGGGUGAAACUAGUGAAGUAAUUGGAUGCUAUGUAAAUGGCAAUGUAUUGUAACCUACGAUGUUGUACGUAAAGUGCGUGAAAUACUCAAUAAAAAAGUUUGGUUUCCAG